CGUUCGAAAUAGUCAUUUGUGAUUUAACUGUGACACUGCUGCGUCGUGAUGUGAUGUGAUAUUGUUGUUUUUGUUUAGUGUUGUUUGUGUUGUGUAGUUUUAAGUGACUAUGUCGGAGGAAAGGUCGCGGCGGUUGUCGCAGAUCUUCGACCCACUGUCGAGGUUCACGGAUCAUGCCGGGGCGAGCCAUUCUGCAAGUACUCCGAGCAGUCCUCGUUUAUUGCCGAGGAGAGCGAGAGAUCCGCCGCCACCGCCACCUAGGCCAAUUGCUCACCCCUCGCGGUUUGAUCCCUUGGAGUACGGAUUGGCAACGGCCGAGGCUUCCGUGAACUGGCAAGAGCGAUGUCUGGAACUACAGUUGGAAUUGCAUAGGAGUCGCCACCAGGCAACCAGAGUUCGAGACAUGCUGAGAGAUAAGAAUCAAUAUAUAUUGCUACCUGUUAACGCCCUAGCAGAGGCGAGGAUGCGGGGGAAGCGGGAGGAAGUCGAUCGACCGUGGACAGUAUUACUCAUAAAGACGCGCGAGCGAUAUGGCUUCGGAGUACGAUUUGAUAAGGAGUAG